AUGGAUGCGCAGCCGAAGGUGUCCUUGGCGCUCUUGGACGAUGAGUAUUUCAGCUUCCCGGAGGUGUCUCAGGUCUGGGGCGAGGCCAACUGCACGGACGUGGCGAAGGCUGCAAAGAAGGCCGUGCCACUCAACUGGCCCACCAUCUCCAGCGAGAAGGGCCAGUUCCUGAACACCGUGGUGUUGGACCUUUGCCUGCACCGGAUCAAGCGCUUGCCGCGGGGAUAG